CUCUGCUCCUGCUCUCUGGUCACACUCUCAGGAAAAUGGCAAACGAUUACUUUGGGUUCUCCUUUCGGAGUACUGCCAGAAGCAACACGACUGUGGCGCUCAACAAUCCGGCAGAUAUAGCCGUUAUUGUGGUUUACUUUGUGGUAGUCUUGGCAGUGGGAGUAUUGGCUAUGGUACGCACCAACCGAUCCACUGUCGGUGGCUUCUUCCUUGCAGGCAGGAGCAUGGUUUGGUGGCCGAUAGGAGCAUCACUCUUUGCUAGCAACAUUGGCAGCGGCCACUUUGUAGGGGUUGCUGGGACUGGUGCAGCUUCAGGAAUUGCCAUUGGAGGAUUUGAAUGGAACGCUCUUGUAAUUGUGAUCUUACUGGGAUGGCUCUUUGUGCCCAUCUAUAUUAAAUCUGGGGUGGUCACCAUGCCCGAGUACCUGAAGAAGAGGUUUGGAGGACAGCGAAUCCGCAUCUAUCUGUCUGUGCUGUCUCUUCUCUUGUAUGUUUUCACCAAAAUCUCAGCGGAUAUGUUCUCCGGUGCGAUUUUUAUCAAUCAAGCACUUGGGUGGAAUAUUUACAUUGCUGUUGUCGCACUGCUGGCUAUUACAGCACUCUACACCAUAACAGGUGGAUUGGCUGCAGUGAUCUACACCGAUACCUUACAGACCAUCAUCAUGAUUGCUGGAUCAUUCAUCCUUAUGGGCUUUGCUUUCCAAAAAGUGGGUGGCUAUGAGCGUUUCCAUGAGCUCUACAUGCAAGCAAUCCCUUCUAUCACGGCUAACUCCAGCGCCAACUGUUACACGCCUCGUCCUGAUUCCUUCCAUCUUUUUAGGGAUCCAAUUACAGGAGACCUGCCAUGGCCGGGGAUGGUGUUUGGACUCACCAUAAUAGCUGCCUGGUAUUGGUGCACUGAUCAGGUGAUUGUCCAGCGUUGCUUGUCAGCUAAGAAUUUAUCUCACGUUAAGGCUGGUUGUAUCUUAUGUGGCUACCUGAAGCUGCUGCCUAUGUUCCUCAUGGUUUUCCCUGGAAUGAUCAGCAGGAUCCUCUAUACUGAUGAAGUAGCAUGUGUCGAUCCGGUCGAAUGUGAAAAAUACUGUGAUGCCAGUGUAGGCUGCAGCAACAUCGCUUAUCCCAAGCUGGUGGUGGAUCUCAUGCCUGAUGGCCUGCGAGGUCUUAUGCUGUCCGUGAUGCUCGCCUCUCUGAUGAGCUCCCUCACAUCCAUCUUUAACAGUUCCAGUACUCUCUUCACCAUGGACAUCUACACAAAGAUUCGUCGUUCUGCCACUGAAAAAGAGCUCAUGAUUGCCGGCAGAUUAUUUAUGUUGGUCCUGAUUGGUAUAAGCAUAGCAUGGAUCCCUAUAGUGAAGUCAAGCCAGAGCGGUCAGCUCUUUGACUACAUCCAGUCUAUCACAAGCUACCUCUCUCCACCCGUUGCAGCUGUGUUCACUCUUGGUAUCUUUUGCAAACGUGUCAAUGAGCCUGGAGCAUUUUAUGGCCUCACAAUCGGCCUGUGCAUUGGCCUGACCAGGAUGAUUGCAGAGUUUGUCUAUGGGACAGGCAGUUGUGUUGAUCCCAGUAACUGUCCAACUAUCAUAUGUGGAGUUCACUACCUCUACUUCGCCAUCAUCCUGUUUGUGAUCUCCUGUAUCAUCAUCUUGGCAGUUUCCCUCUUGACCAAACCCAUCGAUGAGAUACAUUUGUAUCGUUUGUGUUGGAGUCUGAGGAACAGUAAAGAGGAGAGGGUGGACCUUGACUUUGACGAAUGGAACGAGAACCAGGAAUCCAAUGAUAUGGAAGAAGAGGAACCUGAAGAGCAGAGAAAAAGCUUUUUUAAGAAAGCACUGGACUGCUUCUGCGGCCUGGAGAAGAAAAAAGGCCCAAAACUAAGUGCAGAAGAGCAGGCGGCAAUCCAAAAUAAGCUCACAGACACAUCGGAGGUGCCUUUUUGGAGGAACAUUGUCAAUGCUAAUGCUCUCAUCCUGCUGUGUGUGGCUGUAUUCUGCCACGGUUUUUUUGGUUGAGACCAAAAACACUGAAAAUAUCAGUGGACUCCAGCUGACUUAUAACUCUUGGCUAAGACAAAGUGGAUAAAUUAUAUUUAAACCGCUUCUUCUGAUAUGAAUGUAUGUCAUCUGUGGCAUAAUCACCAGCUCAUUCAACUAUGCUCCUCUCAAUCUGUCAUUACCCAUAAUGCAACAUACUGCUACGCAAGUGCAUGCGUCAAAAAUCCUUGCAAAAGUACUAGCGUUAAUUUUUUUUUGUUUUAAGAAUGCAAGCAUAAAUGCACUGAAAAUCUUGC